UCAGUAAAUACAUGUAUAUUAGUGGGGGGUGCUGGGAUAAACGCCUGCAUUGAUACAGAGGAUAGGUCGACAUGUUAUAAGUAGAGGACAGCGUGCCUGUAGUAGGACCUCGGGGUAUUGGCUUGGACCCUGUAUGCUUCGAUGCUAAGUCAGAACUAAAUUUCUGCGACAGAUUACUUUAAUGGGGGAUCACUUCCACGUAUAGAGGCCGACUAUUGUGCACAAGGAAUUUGAAGUUUUGCAGAAAAAAUACACCCGUGCCAGAGCAUGCUGAAGGAGACCAGGAGUAAGCUGUACUGUACCGGUGGAGUGGUGCUGGUCUUGCUGCUGUGUGUGGUGGUGGCUCUCAUCGUGAACUUUAGCCUCGACAAGCCACUGACACCCACCUGGUCGCAGUCGUCCGCCAUGGUGGCGUGUGUGCCGCGUGGUGGCACGGUGAAACAGUGUGAAGAGUUGGGCUGCAUUUGGAGGCCUAUAUCUGAUGACUCCCCCAACUGUUGGUUUCCCGAGGACUCUUCUCAAAAUGGGUAUGGAUACGAGAUAAAAGGGGACAUCCAGCCUACUCCGAUUGGAAAGACCAUGGUACUGUCCCGAAUUCCAACCACGCCGCUGGCGUACCCAGAGUCAACGCCUGUAGAGGAGGUACGCCUGGAGGUCGAAUAUCAUGACGUCAACAGGCUGAGGUUGAAGUUCACGGAUUCCAAACAAGCUCGAUAUGAAGUAUCCCAGCAUGCCUUGGACAUCCGGGCUCCGAGCACCCCGCCUGCGGCAGACGACAUGCUGUAUGAAGUCAUUUAUAUAACUCAGCCUCAGUUUGGAGUGAAGGUCAUAAGGAAAGACACAAACGCCACAAUUUUCGAUACAGCUCUGCCUGGUUUCACGUUUACAGACCAGUAUCUCCAGCUCACCACGAGGCUUAACUCCAGCCACGUGUACGGCUUUGGUGAACACAAUCAUGGAAGAUAUAAACACGAUAUGAACUGGAGAAGAUGGCCGAUAUUUUCCCGCGGGACAGGACCUAAGGCUGAACCUUUGAACCUUUACGGACACCAACCGUUUUACAUGAAUAUUGAAAAAUCGGGGAAAGCGAACGGUGUACUCUUGAAGAAUUCUAACGCAAUGGACAUAGUGCUGCAACCAGACCCAUACCCGGCCAUAUCCUAUCAGGUGAUUGGCGGAGUGUUGGAUUUUUAUAUUUUUCUCGGUCCUUCCCCAGAAAAUGUAGUGGAACAAUAUAAUAUGGCUAUCGGAUAUCCCGUGAUGCCGCCAUAUUGGAGUUUAGGGUUUCAAUUAUGCAAAUGGGGCUACAAUGGCACUGCGCAUGUCAGAGACGUUCUACGACGUCAGAGAGAAGCCAAUAUACCCCAAGAUGUGCAAUACGUGGACAUAGACUACACGUACGAGAAACUGACGUUCACAUACAACAGGGACGGGUUUCGAGAUCUCCCAAAACUUGUUCAGGAGCUCCACGAUAUGGGGCAGAAACUGAUUCUUAUUUUGGACCCAGGUAUUGGAACUGAUGAAAAUGUAACAAGUAGAGCACCACCCAACAAUUCCUACCCGGCUCUGAACGACGGUGUAAGACAGGACGUGUUCAUUAAGAAUCCAAACAAGACAGGGUACCUAACAGCUGAGGUGUGGCCUGGAAAAGUGUAUUUCCCGGAUUACACCAAGCCGGAGACGACGGAAUGGUGGACCAGGUGUAUUGAGGACUUCUAUGUGAACCAGAAAGUCCAGUAUGAUGCCCUUUGGUUGGACAUGAACGAGCCGAAGAGUUUUAAGUCUGGGUCGUUGACCGGAUCAUGUGAUAAAAACCAGUGGAAUAACCCUCCGUAUUUGCCAAAAAUCGAAGAUUAUGACAAGGGUCAUCUUUAUGAAGGGACAAUAUGUAUGGACGCUGUCCAGGAUAACUGGGGUCAGGAGACUGUCCACUACAACGUCCACUCUCUGUAUGGGCACACCAUGGCCAUGGCGUCUUACGGAGUAUUACGCAAGCUCCAGCCGUCCAAACGACCUUUGGUGUUGACAAGGUCAACGUUCAGUGGUACGGGGAAGUAUGCCGUUCAUUGGUUAGGUGAUAACACAAGUGAAUGGCCCCAGCUAGCCUGGUCUAUCAUAGGAAUGCUCGAAUUUAACAUUUUUGGAAUACCAUACGUGGGAGCAGAUAUCUGCGGGUUCUGGGGUGACACCACCGAGGAGCUGUGCACGAGGUGGAUGCAGGUUGGGGCUUUCUAUCCUUUCUCCAGAAACCACAACGCUCAGAACUACCCCAGGGUGGACGGAUUCAUUGAACAAGAUCCAGCAGUUUUCGGGGAACCGUUCGUCACGCGGGCACGAGACGUGUUAAACACGAGGUACAGGCUGUUACCAUAUCUGUACACACUGUUCCACUACGCUCACACCACGGGAUCUACUGUGGUACGGCCUCUACUACACGAGUGA